GCAGGCGCAGCUCGCUCGACGUGCUCGGACAUUGUGUUCAGUGCCUGGAACAGCACGAGUCCGGGUCCAAGAUGGCUGCGGUGUCCUCGCCGCUGCGUGUUUGCCGCGGAAUUCUGAAGGAGUUACGGGCUUUAAAGGGACCAGAAUACAAACGAACGUUGGCGUAUAACUAUGUAUUAGACCAGUUCCGUAAAAACCAGGUCAGUAGUGAGAGAUACUGCCGUGCCCAGAAAGAAGCCCUCCACUCUUCACAGUCAUACCUCUGUUUGCUCGCAUCUAGCCGGUGUCAUGUUGCCCUGCACAAACUAUACCAUGGCAAGGGGGAGCGGGGUCCAGACGAGGUGGCUGACAUCGUGGGGCUCCGACUGCCCACCCAGCCAGGGGGCAAAGGGUGGGAAAAAUGACAGAAAAAUCACGUCGAAAGCACGCUGACUCUGGGGAAAAGAAAUGCAUCAAACUUGAGUUCUUUAGGAUGCCAGAAUAAGCGGAGUGAACAAGAUGUAAAAAAAAAAAAGUAUUUUCAAUCUUUUAACAACUGCAGGCAUAACAUAGAAGACUAAGCAGAGUUUAAGAAAGAAGAUAGAAAAAAAACCUGUUUUACACAAAGACAAACUUCAAUACUUAUGUGAAAAAAAAGAUUGAAUAUUG